CCAAGGGAGAGAAAAAAAAAAAGGUUCAACUACUCUUUCCAUUCUCGCUCGCGGCGCCUCCUCCUCCUCUCCCAAUUCCGCCGCCAAUUUCCGGUGCCGACGAGGAGUCGGAGUCGGAGUCCGCCUCGCCGGCGGCGUCCGAGUGUGUGUGUGUAUGUAAUGGACGCCGACGAGCCGCCGGAGCACAGCACCGACCCGCUCACGCGCCGCGCCUGCAGCUGCUGCUGCAGGUAGGGUGUUCGACGCAUGGGCUGCACCACCUCGCACGACGCGUUCGCCGCAGCGAGGGCGCGGGCGCGGGCGUCGUCGUCUUCGUUGGAGCGGCCGCGGCGGGCGCAGGCCGACCCGGCCGCGCUGUGCCGCGAGCGCGCGGCGCUGAUCCGCGCCGCGGCCGACCGGCGCUACGCGCUGGCGUCCGCGCACGCCGCGUACUUCCGCUCGCUCGCCGCCGUCGGGGGCGCGCUGCGGCGGUUUGCGGCGGCCGCGCUCGCGCCGGGCACCCCGCCGUCCGGUUCCUCCCCGGUGCUCACCCUCCCGCCGUCCCCGGCGAAGCCGGUCGACGCCUCGGCCGCCGCGGCCAGGUCGAGCCUCCCGCCGUCGCCGUCCUCGUCCUCCACCGUCUCGCCUCUCUCGCACACCCUCUCCGACGAGGACCUGGACGCGCACGGCGCCGCCAAACACGCCACCGCCGCCGCCGCGUCAUCGACGAGGUAUCACUACCACUACAUGAGGAACUCUCCCACCGUGCCCACCACGGUGUACGAGGACCCCAAUGGCGAGGCCAGCUAUGGUGGCUACGGUGGCUACGGGUACACGUAUUCGUACGGGCCCUACGGCGAGGUGGUUGCGGAGGAGAGGCCGGAGACGGCGACGCCGCCGCCAACCGCGGAGGUCGCGGCGUGGGACUUCUUCGACCCCUUCACCUCCUACGAUCAAUUCAUAGAGGAUUACAAGGGCCACGACGGCGGCAACUUGCCUUCCAAUAGCCCGAAUUACUCGGAGCUGAGGAGGGUGGAGGGGAUCCCGGAGCUGGAGGACGAGGCGGAGCUCGAGGCGGCGGAGGCGAAGGCGAAGGCAUCCAAACCAUCAACCUCCGUCGUUGCUGAUCAAGGUGGGAAAGGGAAGAGACCAAUUUCUUCAGACGUCAGCUCGAAGGGGGAGGCUUCUGAUGGGAAGCUGCUGCAGAGGAAGGGAUCCGGUGGCAAUGGCGAGCCAGAGAAUGCCAGCUUGAAGGGCAGUGGUAGUGGUGACAACAAUGGCAGCUCCACCAGCAAGAAGAAAGGUAUAGCCUUCGAUGGCAUUGAGCAACCGAUUGCUGCUGCUCAGGGGGAAGGUGGGAGUGGCAAGUCUGUGCAGUCGACUGCUGUGAGCAGUGAGUCGUUCUCGCCGCUUCACCAGGGGAACAGGAGUGUCAUGGAGGCCAUGGACGAGAUCAAGGAGAGGUUCGAUGAGGCGCUGAACUGCGGCGAAGAAGUUUCCAAGCUUCUUGAGGUGGGGAAGGUUCCCCCCCAGAGUUCCACGCCCCGAGUUCUUAGAUAUUUGUCUUCCAGAGUGAUGGAUCCUCUAUCUCUGACCGUGCCUUCAUCUUCGUGCCUGCCGAAGCCACGUAGAAAGUCAAGAACAUUGAGCGGAAAGGCCAGCACUUCAUCAAAUCCAUCAGUAGCUGGUAGAAGAAACAGUGCUGGAAGUCUCUCAUCAACUCUGGAGAAGCUAUGUGCUUGGGAAAAGAAGCUUUACCAGGAGAUUAAGGAUGAAGAGAAGCUGAGGAUUCUUUAUGAAAAGAAGUACAGGAGGCUAAAAUCUCUGGACGAACGAGGAUUAGAUUCAACUACGAUCGACGCCACCAGGUUAUCAGUAAGGAACUUGCAAUCCAGGAUUACCAUCAAUAUUAGAACAGCCAAUGCCUUCUCAUCGAAGAUACAGAAUAUUCGAGAUGAAGAGCUAUAUCCUCAACUCGUUGAUCUCAUCAUUGGAUUGAGAAGAAUGUGGAAAGCUGUUCUAUUGUGUCACGAGAAGCAGCUAUCGGCCAUUCAGGACAGCAAAAUGCACCUGAUCAAGGCAGUGACCAUUAGCCAAUCCAAUGCUGCUGCAGUAGCCACAGUAGAAUUAGAGAGGGAGCUUGCAAAAUGGUACCGCUGCUUCAACAAGUGGAUCAGCUCACAGAGGUCUUAUGCUGAAGCACUGAACGGAUGGCUGAGGAAAUGGCUCACUGAGCCUGAGGUGCAGGAGGAAAACACACCGGAUGGCGCCCCGCCUUUCUCCCCAGGCAAGCUAGGCGCCCCGCCUGUGUUUGUCAUAUCAAAUGAUUGGCUCCAAGUGAUUGAGAUGGUUUCCAAGAAUGAAGUGUUGAAGACAAUUGACCAAUUCUCCAAGCUUGUGCAUGAGUACAAGAAGACCCAGGAAAAGGAGCACAGGCAGAAACGAAAAGCUGAUCAUGCUUCCCGAGAUUAUAACAAAAGGCGCAAAGUUCUGCAGAGGGAACUUGGGUUGAGUACCAGUCUUGAUAUGGUUGCAGUCAUGGAGAACACUCACCACAGCCAUGACAACCGUGUAAUCGAGCUAGAGAAGAUGAGUAGAAAGAAGGAUGAGGAGAAGACCAAGCAUGAUGAGAUUGUAAAACAUGCCCAUCUUGCAGCUUCAGCUACUCUACCAGUCGGGUUGGUCCCUGUGCUGCACCAGAUCGUCAGCUUCUCCCAGGAAAAUGUGCAAAAGUACACAAGCAUCAGAACCCGAGGUGCCCGGGUCCACUGACUGCCGAGAAAUGGGUUUUACACAGAAGUGUGUGAUAGAUGAUCAAAGGUUCAACAGCUUGUUGCAUGCACAAAGGAGAAUUUUUUGGUUGCUGUCCUGAAUGAGGACAGUGCUGGGAUUCUUUUUGUAGAGUAAUUGGUUUAAUUUGGGGUUUAGGCAUUCAGUUCUUACAGUGGACGGUGGUAGAUAGAAAGUUAGUGUUAUCCAUAGAUUCUUACUGAUAUCCAACUUACCUAUGAUGUUAAUGUUAUCGAUAGACCAUAUAUUCUUACUGUUGUCUGACUCUUUGCUAAAUUGCUGAAAGCUGAGUACAGAGAGUAGACUAAUGAUGUAUUAUUGAGAAGUUUCAGAUGUUACUCAUUUAUUCUGUACAUAACACUUGCCUCAUUAAGUGACUUGUUCAUUCUAGCUUCAA